AUGGCGUCCUUAUUGCCUUCUAGCUCCUGCUCGGAAGACUCGUCGUACUCCUCAUCCACACGCAAUAGCAGUAGCGGAAGCAGUAGCAGUAGCGGAAGCUCGACCACGUCUUCCGAGGAGGACGAGGGGAGCCGGGCACUGGCUCGGCGUUUGCCGUCGCGACGUCUGGGAAACGUUACGGCAACGUCCGCCACUGCCACCACAUCGACGCCCUGUUCUGGUCUUUGCUCUUUGCAGCUGAACCCGAAUCUUUUGUUUGAGCAGCCCGAUUCCGGCUGGAUUGAUAUACCACAUGGCUCUGGCAGUGUUUUGCGCCGUGUGGUGGCAAACUACGAUGAAUUUCCCGAAAGACGUCAUCGCGUCAUUGACUACUUUCGCACCGCCGUGGAAAUGUUCAUUGCCCAGGCGCGUCACAAAUACAUGCAUCAAUACAAGCAGGGACAAAAGAACAAACGGACCAAAAUUCGAUUUAUAUGGCAAAAUAAAGGGGAAUUAGCGAUCUGCUUUGCGGCUUGCUGCGACAUGCUCAAACUGCUUUACGAUAGGUUACGUCCAGGGCCAGAUAGACCGAGUUGGGAGGGAUUUGUAAGUCAGUUUGUUCUCUUUUUGAUGGCUGAAUCAAGGAUACCGUCGACGGUUUUGACAGAGCAAACCUACAACACAAAAUUUCUCGAUUGGCGCAACGGCGGAACUCGAUAUCAAGGCGAUCAGCUGGCCUCUAACGUUCGCUUUCCCUCUGCAGAGGAACGUCGCAUAAAGAUUGAGACUUACCUACGCUCGGGGGCGGGCUACAGCAUAGAAUCAACUGGAGUGGAUCUUCCGCCAAUGGCUCGUCCUGCCGUCACGACGGUGAACAAAACUGAGCCCCCACUGGUUGGGCGAGACGCCACGCGAGGCGGCAGCGCAUCGGAUAGCAACAAUCCGAUCCCUCCCCUUGUUGCCUUUCCACGUGGACAAGCUCCAGUUAAGAUGCCAAGCAAAUCACAUAUGAAAGCCCCACCGACUCUUAUUGCUGGGAAACAAUGCGUUGACGAGUACAGACAUUUGCAAUGGCUUGCAAAACUUACACAAAUCACGGGGGGCUCACAAAUGCUUGAAUUUCCGGAGGGGCGGUCCUAUAUGAUACUGGCGUUUGUUCGGCUUUGUGAAACAUCUGAAUUGCCUGAUCAAUUUGUAACUAUCAUGAAUAUAUUGGUUAGGUCUGGCCUAACUAUUCAAAAUGCAUUUGAAGGGGGUGGAGGUAUGGUGGUGUUGCGCCGAUUUGUCGGCACGUUGAUUCGGUUGAAAGAUUCUGGGGGGCUGAUAAAUCUUGUGGAACAAAUACUACGGCUGAAACUGUCUUCUUGGAGCCACAGCAGCCAACAGUCAUGGCUUCGGGACCUGAUGGGAAACAGUGGCAACGAUCUCCGAUGGUUGCGUGUUUUGGAUAUAAUACCGACGGACAAGCAAGCUACCUGGAGCUUGUUAAUCUCGGCAUUGGAGCAGCGUUAUAUCUUGUCGGAUUCAAGAGAGAAAGAACAAGAGCGUGAGGCGAAGCGUGCACGAUUGGACAUGGACGAGGCGCUGCGGAGGUCGAUGGCAGACAACGCUGGUGUCAGCAAACUUGCACCCAACAUUUCCACAGCUCUUUGUGUUGCAUUGCCUGGCGAGCUUCGUGCACCCCCUUUGUCUUCAGAGGCUGAGCAGGAUACCAUUGCUUUGUUGAAUAAGAAGUUGCGGUUCUGCGAGGAGGCGCAAGUGACGUGGCGAGACACCAUCCUGAAAGCCCUUGACGGCGGUUUCCCUGAUCUGCCUAUCCCACUUUGGUACGAUCCGUACCAGUUGCUUGGAGUAGAUCCCCACCCCACAACAUGA